AAGGUCGAGAAAGUCAACGAGCUGAGUCUCGAGGAGAUCAGGCAGAAAUUGCCUGAUGAUCGAGAGUUUCUUGCGAAGAAUGCGACGCGUUAUGCGGUGACCCUCCAUGAUCCAAUGUCGAUCCCUGAAGCAGCCUUCGCGGCAUGCUUCUCGCUUGUGGAGACCAAUAUGAAGAAGAUGUACAAGGAGGCCGAGUGCGGUUGGUCGGCUUCAGACAAGAGGGUGGAGAUGCGUGAGCCGCCGACGCGUUAUCUGAUUGCGAGUGCAGAGUCUGCUCCGGAUACAGUCGCAGGAUUUGUAUCAUACCAGAUCGACUGGGAACAGGAUAUGGCGGUAGCGUAUUGUUACGAACUGCAAUUGGAUAAGUCUGCACAACGUCUGGGGCUAGGAAGAUGGCUCAUGUCAAUCUUGGAGCAUAUGGGAAGACGUGCUGACGUGGAAAAGACGAUGCUGACCGUGUUUACGGCGAACAAAGCUGCACUGCAAUUCUACACGAGCAUAGGAUACGAGGAGGAUGAGACCAGCCCACAACCUGUGAAGCUGAGAAGCGGCAAAGAAAGACGAGCAGAUUACAUGAUUCUAAGCAAGAGACUUCGAUGA